GUGCGUGAACCUGGCCCACCAGCUCCAAAUCCCCUGCCAGCUGUUGGGGACUGAAAUGAGAGGAAGACCAGAUAUUGCCAAAGCCCAGAAGGCGCAGACGUCUUAGGGUCGCGAAGCCUCUUCGUAAAGCGGCAUUUACUGGUUAAGAAGCUUGCGAUGCUGGCAUUGUGAGCUCAGGGUAGGUUUCUGGGCACUGCUUCCUCGCGCUCUCCUUCAGUCCGCAUCGGGCAAACCGUUACGCAUCCCUAAUUAGGACAGCGUUUUCACACUCUCCACGGCGACGUCGUGCUGGAUCAGGUGAAGGACACCUGCCUACGACUCUACGAGGCUGAGUCUUUCCCAGCGAUUCGAUCUCACCUCCCGCCGAGUAUGCCGGUUCAAUUAUUGGCAGAUUAGAUUUCUCCUCGCCCCCGCCCUGCCCCCUCGCGGUCCUUCCGAGCAGCGGGAAUAAAUGAUCAGCUCCCGGCCGGUGCUCACCCGAGUGACCAGAGCGCAGCCCAGGGCCCGGAGCGCGCGGGGCAAGCGCUGGCCACCCCUCCCUCUCCCCGCGCAGCCUCCAGCGCCAGGGACAGCUCGCCCUCCUCCGCUCCGAGAGCCGGCGCUCAGCAAUCCCGGGCAAGGGCUCGCCUCGCCGGUGACAUCACUCACGAAGAUACUCCCCUCUCUCAGCGCCUGCCUUAGCGAGGCAUCCGUUAGUCUUUCUGCCUCCGUCCACCGCUGGAGAGGGCUCCGCCGUCUUGGGAGAGAGCCGGGCAACGAGGAGCUACGGGACCCCGAGGAGGCGAAAGAGCGAAGGCAGCGAGGGAAGGAGGCCCCCGACAGGCGACAGCAUGAAAUUCAGCGCAGCGCACUUCUUGCUGCCUAUCCUGCCGGCGCUGGUCCUCAGCACCAGGACUAUGAAGAGCUAGAAAAGCAACUGAAAGAAGUUUUUAGGGAACGAAGCACCAUCCUCCGUCAGCUGACAAAGACAUCAAGAGAACUGAAUGGAAUUAAAGUCAAUCUUCAGUCUUUAAAAAAUGAUGAGCAAUCUGCCAAAACUGAUGUUCAGAAGCUUCUGGAAUUAGGCCUGAAGCAAAGAGAAGAAAUGAAGUCUCUUCAGGAGGCCCUGCAAAAUCAACUUAAAGAGACAUCCGAGAAAGCAGAAAAACAUCAGGCCACUAUUAACUUUUUAAAGACUGAAGUGGAAAGAAAGAGCAAAAUGAUCCGAGACCUCCAGAAUGAGAAUAAAAGCUUGAAAAAUAAACUAUUAUCAGGAAACAAGCUGUGUGGCAUUCAUGCAGAAGAGUCAAAAAAAAUCCAAGCUCAACUAAAGGAGCUUCGCUAUGGGAAGAAGGAUUUAUUAUUCAAGGCCCAACAACUUACUGAUCUGGAACAAAAAUUAGCUGUAGCCAAAAAUGAACUGGAGAAAGCAGCUCUUGACAGGGAGUCACAAAUGAAGGCGAUGAAGGAGACUGUACAGCUCUGUCUGACAUCUGUUUUUCGGGACCAACCUCCCCCUUUGAGUCUAAUCACAUCACUUCCACCCAGGACAAUUGCUUCUAAGAUUCCGGAUACCAGAGCAAAAAGCAAGCUUCAACAAAGUGCUCCUCGACACAAUGAGAGUUCUCAAGUUGAGUCAAGAAAGAAAGAAAAUCCAAGUACCACUGUGUGUGAUUCUCAAGAUGCGGGCAGAAACUGUUCCUUGAAGCACAGAGAGAAUCCCACAAGUAAUGCCACUGCAGAAUCAGAGCCUGCCCCACAGAAACUACAAAUGCCUCCUUGUUCUGAAUGUGAAGUGAAAAAAGGUCCCAAAAAACAACUGAACAAUUUUGAAGGCAUGGCAACUAGAGAAGAAAAAAUACUGUAAAUAUCAAGAAACUGUGUUAAAGAUACCCACUUGCGACCGUAUUCAUACUCUUUUUAGACCACAGUCUUGAUGGAAAUACUGUUUCUAAAGCAUGCAACUUUUCCACAGUUUUAUGUAACUUUUUAAUCUACAAAUUUUCCAAAAGAUUCCAGGCCAAUUAUGAUCCUUAAGCAAUAACCUAAUUGAAAUGGAUAUCCACAGUCAUAAGAGCUUCAUUGUCAUCGAUAGAUUAUCCAGUAACGUUGGUCUGUUUGGAAAUCAAAUGCAAUGUCACACUUAAUUCUUUUCGAAUAUUUGGAUACCUAAUACUCCUAUGACCUAAUUGUUGAAAUCAGCUGGAGGGUAAUAAAAUGUUAUGAGUGCUCAGCAUUUUUAGAAUUGAAGCUGCACUCAGGUAUGAACAUUGUUCAUAUUAGCCACUUGAAUAACUUUCCUCAAGGUUGCAAGUUUUAUUAGCAUGGACCUUUUUUGUAGUGUUUAUUUCUUCUAUUAUUUUGAACCAAUAAUUUUGUCAAGUAAAGUCUGUCAGACAUUUAGUUAACACAACACAUUAAAUAUGAUGUGGACAAAAUAUUUGAUUAAAUUUGUGACACAAAUAAAUAAUUUUUUGCAUUCUCUAGACAUAUCCCUUAUGUAGGUCCACUGGAAUUACUCCAGGUAAAGAAUUAAGUUGUUCAAAAUGUUUGGCAUGAUAUUUGGUACAAAUUCAGAUAGUAGAAUGUGAGAUGAGAGAAUAAUUCUAAAAUGUGGAUAUACAAUCAGGUAAUAUGCAUUUCAAAAUGAGUAUUUGAUGAGAGGAAAGUAUCCAUGUAGAGCCAAAGAACCCAGAUGCAUAUUUUUGUGAAAGACAAUGCUUUAUUAAAACAAAGGAUUAGCUAUCCUAAUCCUUGAAACUGGGGUUCUUUAUAGGAAUAUCACUAAUCAAAUACAUGCAUUCAUGAAUAAACUGAACAUAUCUCACAAACAGGAGAAUUAAAACUCAAAUAUCUCAUUGAUAUUUUGAUACAGCACAAAACUUGCAGACUCAAAUCAAUGGCAUAAAUCAACAUGGAGGUUGUCUAUAUCAAAUAUAUUUACCCAUAUUUUUUAGAGUGAUUUUGAGAGUGCAGAAAACAUAUAAAAUCAUUGAUUUUACAGAUUGGAUUUCAUAAGUUUCAAUGACUCCAAUCUGAGCAAUGGAUCCUCAAAGAUAGUUAGUAAAAAAUACACUAAAUUAAAUAUGUAACCAAUAGACAAAUUUACUGGGAUAUUCUGACACACUUUUAAUCACAAGGACAUACUCAAAGAAAUUUACUGUUUUUGAGAAUUGGGAAAUAUCAUCAAUAGUAAAAGUAGUGCUAUGGUAUAGAAAUGGAACCAUUCUAUUUUCAGAGUAAUUGAGUUUCAUUUAUAAGAAUGUUUCCUUCAAUAUUCUAUCUGAGAAAGAAAGAGAAUUAGCUGUAUAAAUGGUCCAGAGUUUUCAGAUGAAGUGACCAGGAUAAAUUAAAGCUAUUAAGGUCUGAAGUUCCUGCUGAUUAGUUCCCAUUUCUUUAAAAAACAAUCUAAAUAAUGGAAUGUAACUAGUCUCCCACGUCCUGUUUUAUGUAAUUUUUCCUCUGAACAAGGGAUUGCUAACCAUCUGCAAAGAUUUAUGAAGAUGAAAUAGAUAAUUUAGUUUUAUUUAGAUUCACGUUCUCACUGCUACCCUGCACCUGAAUUUCUCUCCUAGGGCCUAUUGAUCUUGUGGAAAGUUACUCACCAUUUCAUCUUAACACAGCAGGUUUUGAGGUAUCAUUAAACCUAAAUAAACAAAGAAUCAGGCUGAUAUUUUCUGAAAUUACUUUCAUAUAUAACACUGUAAAAUGAUAAUUUGGAUUAAUAUCAAUCAAGUUUGAACAGCUUCAUUUUCUAAUACUUCAUUUUCUCUGUCUUGUGAAUUCUUAUAUGACACAUUUAUCAAUUUAUUUUUAUUAUUUCUGUGCAUGAUCAAAUGGAUGUUGGAUCACCAUAUUGUAUUUUAAUUUCUUUAAAAUAUAUAGCAUUAUUAUUCACCUUCUAGCGUUUACUGUAGUAUAUUUACUGUCUCAUUUUCCCUAUCUCCUACAAAAAACAAAAAUAAUGCAUUAUCACAGGACAUCUCGAUAAACAUAUUUAAGAAACAUUUUACAAAUUCCUUUUGAUGGUUAAUACAGAAUUCUUUUCAAAUAUGCUCUGUGACUAUACUUUACUGAAUGUAUUUUGUGUCACUCAACUUUUAAUUGGUGAGUUAGGAACCAAGAGCUCCACAAUGUUUUACUUACAUGUAUGAUUUUUACCUGUAAGAGAAGUGUCGUUUCUUAUCAUUUUAAUUAAAUUGUUUCAGUAACAAUUGCUUGUGAAAAGCUAACAUUUAAAACUUAAUGUGGAAGAAAACAUUAACAAAAUUUUUGACUAUAGAUUGUGCAAUUCUAUUAGAUAGCUCUAAUGAUAAAUAGUGGAAAAUUACUUAAAUUUUGCAAAAUAUGAAUUUCUUCCUAUUGAGAAAAAGAAAACAUAUUUUCAGUAGGAUAAUGUGUUUUAAAAUAGGUGUUAUCAAAGUUAACAAAAAUUAAUAUUGGUAGUUGUUCUGAAAUGUGCAUCUAUGCUAUGUGUCUGCUUGUAAGUUAGAAAUUUGUUUUAGAAUUUUUGUUUCUUUUUUUGUGCAUUAACUAUGUAAGUUGAAGCAGUGUCUAAAUUGUAUAAAACUGAAUGAAUGCUGACUGUGUCAAUUCAAUUCCAACAUGUUCAAAGGAAAAGUGAAUUAUUCAUUCACUCUACCUAAUAUGAUUUCUGUGUAAUCUGAAACAUCUGAACUGGAAAUAUUAGAUGGAUGUUUUCAAUUCUUUAAUCAGCUAUUUAGCAUCACAGUGCUGUUUCUGACAUGAUUCUGUUUCAUAAAACAUGCUCAAUUUCAACUCUAAAACAGAUAUGUGUGAAAGAGGCAUUUCCUGUUUUAGAUGGACAAUGUGGAUAGCUGGACUAAAACAAUUAUUUGUGAACUUUGCUAUAAUGGAAUCCUUUAUUUUUAUAGCUCAGGUACUGUAAUUAGCACUGAUUGCAGCAGGGACUGAACUAAUUAUUGACACUAUAGAGCAGAGUGAGCUGGUCAGAUCUGGAGAACAAAGAGAAAAUAUACUUGUUUACUUAGGGGGACAUUUUCUUAGUCAUGUAUAUUGUCUUAAAUUUUCUCCGAACUAUGUAUCCAUCUGGAUUGUGUUAUAUGAUAUAAAUGGUCAAGUGAUGCAGAAUAAAAGGUGCUGAAAGAUGA